CUUAAACUGGGUUUUUCGCUUUUGUUGCACCUCUUGUUUCCAACUCACAAACUGAGUCAUUAUAAACUGCAUGGACAUUAAUCUUAGUAACUUCUUAACCUCUUAGUAAUCAAGAAUUAUGUUUCCUUUAUCAAUUGCCAGUCAAAGUCCAGUUACCAAGUUGUCUCCAGAUAACCCAAAAAUAAAAAUAUUCUCUUCUAACAAGUUAUCUCUCUUGAAAACAGUUCCAUGCUCUUUUCACAAGAAGAACCCGAACACCAUUAACAACCCUUCAAAGCCCAAGUCUUAUCCUUUUAGCUCUAUUUUAAUAGCCCCAGAUCAAGUUUCUCCUAAGAAAGGUAAGGUAAGCAGGGGAUACGAGGAAAAGAGAGGUUUUGGCCAUUUGGGAAGCCACCAGAUGCUGGCUUUGUGUGGGUUUGGGUAUUGGAUGCAGGGUUUUAGGUGCUUUCCUUGGCUUGCUCUCAACUUCUAUAUGGCUCACAAUCUCAACUUGCAUUCAUCACCGUUGCAACUUUUGCAAAACUCUGGUAACUUUCCCAUGGUAGCUAAGCCUCUUUAUGGAAUCCUCUCAGAUGCUCUUUACACUGGAGGUGCCCGUAGAAUACCUUAUAUUCUAGUGGGAGUCUUUUUGCAGGUGCUAGCUUGGGGGCCACUAGCAUUGAUUCCAGUUGCACGGGAAGCCCUUGGAAUCCUUAUGGCAUGCAUUCUUAUCAGUAAUCUUGGCGCUUCUAUCACAGAAAUAGCAAAGGAUGCCCUCGUUGCAGAAUACGGCAAGAGACUUGGGGGCCUCCAGUCUUACGCAUUUAUGGCUUUAGCUGUUGGUGGAAUCCUAGGCAACUUGCUAGGUGGUUGUUUUUUACAGAAAACACCACCCAAGACCAUGUUCCUUGUAUUUUCAGUUCUGCUAUCUCUUCAACUGGCAUUUUCAUCAACAGUGAGAGAGAAAUCUCUUGGUUUAUCAGAACCAUCCGAUCACAACCUUGUGAAGAAAUCAAUUUGGGAGAAUAUUAGGAAGCAGAUAAGUGAUCUUAAAACUGCAUUAAACGAUGACAACAUCUCCUGCCCUCUCACUUGGAUUGUAGCUUCUAUUGCCACGGUCCCGGUUCUCUCAGGUUCCAUCUUUUGCUAUCAAACUCAGUGUCUACAUCUUGAUCCUUCAAUUAUUGGAAUGUCACGCGUAAAUGGUCAGUUAAUACUUCUUUCCACGACUAUAAUCUAUGACCGCUUUUGGAAAGAAGUGCCUAUGAGGAAAUUAGUUGGUGCAGUCCAGUUUUUAUAUGCCUGUUCUCUUCUUCUGGACCUUGUUCUAGCGAGACAGAUCAAUCUUAAAUUGGGAAUUCCCAAUGAGGUGUUUGCCUGUUGUUUUUCGGGUUUAGCAGAAACACUUGCACAAUUUAAGCUCCUUCCUUUUUCAAUGCUAUUGGCUAGUUUAUGUCCACAGGGUUGUGAAGGAUCUCUUACCUCUUUCUUGGCAUCAUCGUUGUGUUUAUCAUCAAUUGUUAGUGGGUUCUUGGGCGUUGGGUUAGCUUCUCUGAUUGGAAUAACAUCUGGUAAUUACUCAAGCCUGCCAGUGGGAAUUUUGAUACAGUUCCUUGCAGCAUUAUUGCCUUUAGGAUGGAUUCAUCGUUUAUCCAUGUCCAAACCCAUUGUUGAGAAGGAAAGAAGGCGAGGUAUGAGUAAAAGAACACGAAAAAAUAGAAGGGUUGGAAGAGUGGUGUUCGGAUCUAUUUAUGUUUACCACCGUGAAAGAGAAUCUGAUUCUGAUUCACAGAGAUAAACAAGCUAGAAGGACGAUAACAUUUUGCUGGACAAUGAGUGGUAGGAGAUUGGAGCAUUUGAAUUGUCUUCACACUGCCGAAUCGUUGAAUCAUAUGGGAAUGUGAUGCACUGUUUGCUAUCAGUUCUACCGAGCCUAUCUCAGCUGCGCUAAGAUUGGAAUGACCCUUCAAUUAGUACAAAUCCUCUGGCAAAGAUGAUCAAUUUGUUUUAACUGGAUUAUUGUUUCACAAAUGUGCACA